GGAAGCGAAGCGCGCAGCGAGCGCCGGUGGCGCGCACGCAUUCCGUUUGCAGCCUUCGUUAACUUAAUGUGCCGCUCCUGCUCCGCUGCGCUUGGGAGGCGCGCAGAGCAGUGAGCAGCUCCGUUCUCCGCCAUUUUUCGCGACAGAAACGUCGUCAAACGGCGCCUCGCAAUGAAACGGCAGCGCAGUUUGCUGUACCUAGAAUCAAGAUGACAGCGGCGUAUAAUAAACCACUGAUAAAUAAGGAGACGUCUCGCGCCAGUGAGGAGGUAUGGCCCCGCUGCGCGAGCGGUUACGAAAGCACAAAUUCACCGACGCCGAGCUGGACGUACUCAUUGAAGGAGUCACUAGGCAAGAAGACGGGCUGUUCGGCCUGCGGGGCAUCCGUCUCACCGCGCGUGAGAAGUACGAGAUCUGGUUCGAGAUCGCGGAGCAGGUGUGCGCGGCAUCCGGCAUCCAGCGCUCCAUAGAGGACGUGAAGAGGCGCUGGCAGGACCUGAGGCGCCGGACGAAGGCCAAGGUGCUGGAAGCGCGGAGACACGUGGCCCGCGACUGCCCCGCCCCGUCGCCUUGCCUCUCGGCUGCAGAGAGGAAGGUGUUUGACUCGCUGAACGUUCGCACUAUAGUCAAAGAUGAGGAGCGGAACCAAGCCGCAUGUAGUCUCCCGGAAGACUUGUUCCUGGACACAAACACGGUAUCGCCAGAGCAACAGUCGGCACCUCACGUCGAGGAGUCCUCGGUUCCAUCCGUCCUUUCUGUACCAGAUGCUGAUGCUCCGCUCCCCGUGGCUCCGUCACGCCCUGAAGUGCCCAUCAAAAACGAGGCUCACUACAGGUGUCUGUUUGGUGGCAGGGUCGAGACUGCGGUCCAGGAGGGACCCCCUGGUAAUGCCACUGUAAUAAACUCCUGUCCCGGGUUCAGAGAUCCCCUCAGGUCCCCGAACGCGUCCUGGCCCAGACGAACAGCUCCACUGAGCUCCUUCGAGCAGCAGAUCCUGAGGGCCCACAGGGAGCACACGGCGGCCCUGCGAGACGGCUUCCGUUCGCUGGCCCGGCAAAACCGCCUCCUCUACCGGGAGCUGUGCGAGACCAACCGCAACGUGGCCCGCAUCGCCUCGCGAAUUGCCGAGAGGAGCGAGGGUGUUACCGAUAUGGCUGACGAGCUCGUGGGUAUCCAGCGGAGGAUCGGCGAGAGCAUCGAGGCCACGAAUUCGCUGCAGGACCGUGUGAUCGACCUUCUGGCUGCUCAGCAGGAACGCCCCGUCAUCGUGCUGCCCAGUGGCAGGAGGGACAGCAGACCUGCUGCUCCAGGCAUAGGAGAAGAAAGCACUUCCUUGCUGAACUGAUGCGUUUCUUCAUUAUUUCACAGGAUUAACAAAGUUAUUGUACUUGAGCCUUCAUGUACCAGUGGGGAUCAAACUCAGUUCCUGGCUGGAACUAGAUGCCGGUUUCUAUUCCAACCUCUUUCCUUAAUUAUCAUUUAGUUUUGGCAUUUUGAUUAGUAUUCAUUCAUUUCUUAAAUAGUUCUGAUCAGUCGAUUAUUUGCAUACAGUGUUUUACGUGCUUGUUCAGGAAAUCACGAAUUUCGUACAGUUUUUUUUUUUUUUUGUUUAAAUAAUACGGUAAUAUACAGGCUUCUUGUGUUACAAAUAUUUAUUUUUACAAACUUUCAAAAAUACCAGUAUUUUUAGGUUUACUUACUUUUAAUUUUUUUUCACUUGUCUGUUCUGAAAUUGCUCAAAAAUUUCGGUCCAUCGCGAAAUGAAUACAGCCUGUAUUUACGUGGUUGGCCAACAGUCCCAUACAUUAUAUUAACAUUUAUUUAUUUAUUUACAUGUACACUUGGCAGUAAAAUGCACUAAAACAGGACGGCAGUGGGAAACCACCCAAGUCAGCUUGCUUCCACCGUGUUUACAGCUCCUAACUGGUGUUCCUGACUGUUGGUGAUCAAUAACAAAACGAGGCAUAUUGCAUAUUUUUAUGUGAUAAUCGGACAAGGAUCGGAAUAGGAUUUCGUGGAGACAGCGUAGUUUUGUUUUCAGGUCUUUUAAAUUCAUCAAUUUUAACCUAACUUGAAUGGAACCCUGCACCGGACAAGCAGCUAUUCAUAAUGGAUAGAUAUACAGAUGGGAAUGGAAAAGUUUUUUUUUUUUUUUUAAUUUAUUAUAGCUUUAUCUGAACUUCAUAUCAAGGGAAGUGAGUUUCAUGGUUUGUGACAUAGUGGUAAAAAUGGAUUUUUGAUCAAAUUGAGUUCACGAUCAGAUUUCCAGUUCAAAUUGUGUUUAUAGACUGAGGAGAGAGCAUAUAGGUAAUUUACCACAGCCUGGACUUUUUUAAUCCAGGGUAAUGUAUUUACUGGAAACCAGCAAACGUACAGAAUUCCAGGAACAGAGUUUGACAACCAUGUUUCAGAAACUGUUCCUUAUUUCCUGUUUCACGUUUUAUUCUCUACUCCUUCUGCACUAAGAAUAAAUCUUGAACACCUUGGAAAGAUUUCAGUGAUGUCAGUUGACAGUUGCUAUUGCGUAAAAUGAUGGCUUCAAUUGUCCAGUCAGGGAAUUUUUAAAAACAAAUUUACAUUUAUUACACAUGUGAGUUAUAGACAGUAUGCAAGCCACGAGUAUAGUUACAGGUUAUAUUUAUUCACAGUUGUGUUUUGAAGUGUCCUGGGUGCUGGGGGCAUGGUUACAGAUUGCACAUCUUGCAUUAAUGAUUAUUUUAUCAAAUUUAAAGCUACAUUUAAAUUAUGCUAUAUGUAUAUAAUAAAUUAUGCUGUUAAACUGAAUUUGCACAUCUUGUGACAUGUGCCUAUG